AUGACCGACGCUUUACCCGCUCAGGAUUCGCAGUUGACGAAGAUAAGAGUACUUGUAUUCUUUUCCCUUGCGACUCUCAGCUUGAUGUCAGCUUUAGAUGGAACAUCCAUCUCCGUGGCAUUGCCGAUAAUUUCACAUGAGCUCCAUGGAAGCGCGAUUGAGACAUUCUGGACCGGAACGUCAUUUCUACUAGCAUCAACUGUAUUCCAACCCAAUUUUGCGGCCUUUUCCAACAUCUUCGGUCGUAAGGUGCUUAUCAUGACCGCCUUGACAUUCUUCUUCGUCGGCGCUCUCAUUUCUAGUCUCGCGAAAGAUUUCACAUCUCUUAUCAUCGGUCGUUCAUUUCAAGGCGUUGGUGGUGGCGGGAUCAAUGCGAUGACUGAAAUUAUCAUCACGGACAUCAUUCCCCUACGUCUGCGAGGACAAUACUUUGGCAUUCUCAGUGCGAUGUGGGCUAUUGGAUCAGUCACAGGGCCAAUUCUUGGAGGAGGAUUUGCUCAAAACGUCACAUGGCGAUGGAUCUUCUAUAUCAACUUUCCUUUCAUCGGUAUCGGCGCUGUAAUGGUUCUCAUCUUCCUCAAAUUGAGUCGAGUACCCGGCUCGGUUCUGAAAAGACUUAGUGAGGUCGACUUUACGGGAACUGUCCUUUUUGUGGGCAGCAUAUCCUCCUUCCUGAUUCCGUUAACCUGGGGAGGAGUCGUCUAUGCUUGGUCAUCCUGGCAUACGCUAGUCCCACUGAUUGUUGGAAUUAUUGGCUUGAUAGUAUUUGCUGUCUAUGAAGCCAAGGCUUCUGCGAACCCUAUUAUCCCAGUCGCUGUUUUCCAGAACCGGAGCAUUAUUAUAUGCUAUGUCACAGACGUUCUCCAUGGUAUGGUGCUUUGGUGUAUCCUAUACUACUUGCCUCUUUAUUAUGAGGCCGUGAAAGAAUACUCUCCAAUUAUCUCUGGGGUUGCCCUCUUUCCCAUAACCUUUACAACCGCCCCAUCAUCCGUUGUGGUGGGGUUUUUGAUCAGUCGCUUUGGCUCUUACAGAUGGGCAAUCUGGCUAGGGUGGGUGAUAUCAACACUUGGAUUAGGCAUAAUGUGCUUGAUGGAUAUCAAAACCUCGGUUCCAGCUUGGAUAUUCUUGAACCUUGUGGGCGGAAUAGGGCUUGGAAUACUGUUUCCAGCCUUGGCCUUUGCGGUGCAGGCCUCAGUGGAUAGCGAGCAUCUCGCAAUUGCCGUCGCACUUUUCAGCUUUCUCAAGUCUCUAGGGCAAGCAAUAGGAGUGGCUGUUGGUGGGGUUGUAUUUCAGAAUCAGAUGUUCAAAAAUCUGCAACAAUAUCCUGCAUUGGCACCAAGAGCGGCGGAAUACAGCCAGGAUGCCGCCGGGCUUGUACAGGUCAUCCAGGCUAUGUCAAAUGGUCAGGAUAAGUCUGAUCUCAAACAAGCAUACGUUGAUAGUUUGCAGAUUGUUUGGGCAAUAUGCUGUGGAUUGUGUGGCCUGGCUCUGGUGUUGAGCUUUGGGACAGAAAGCUACAAUGUGGACCGGGUUUUAGACACGACACAGGGUCUGAGAACAGAAAACGCUGGUAAUUUGGAGAGCCAUCAACCAAAGGAUAGCGAGAAACGGGAGAAAUCAACUCUGGCCCCGUAG